AUGGAGAACUCGAGGACUGAGCGUGACUUAUCAGAGAAAUCCGAAGAUGAAACUCCUGCUACCGUGCCCCAGCCUAUUGCUGAUGCUUAUUUCAAUGGGAACGAAAGCAUUAUUCGUGAUCUCUUGAAUGAUCAAUUACGAUAUCAUGCCUUUCCAGCAUUUUGUCACAGAGAAUCAGUGGGGCAGGCAGUGUGGAUGCGUAGAACACUGAUAAAUUGGCUGCGAGAAGUGUGUGAACAUCGGAAUACUGAACCGGAGGUCUUGGCUCACACUGUUCAGUUGAUUGAUCGUUAUGUAUCACUGACGGAUACGGACAAGCGCGAUUAUCAGCUCGUCGGAGCAGCCUGUUUCUUUAUCUCUAGUAAACUGAAGGAGACGAUCCCUGUUUCCGUGGAUCAAAUCGUGCGGUAUACGGACUUUUCGAUUACAAAACAGGAGCUGUUUGCCAAAGAGCUAUUGAUUGGAUUGACGUUACAGUUUGAUCUUACAAUGAUCACACCAAUCGACUUUAUUCAGCCUCUAGCAUGUUUCAUCCCCUGUGGACCUGAGCUACAACAACUUAUUCGUGGAUCGACUAACAAGAUUUAUAUGAAGAUUCUCCAUGUGGAGGGGGUUAAUUUGUUUCUGCCUGCCUAUGUCGCCACAGCUUGCAUCAUAUACGCAAUGCAUCUAACUGUGGAACCAGAGCAACACGAACUUCCUCGUUUAACACUUGGACGAUUGCAAGAAAUACUGCAUUUGGAGUCAUAUAAACUGGAAGAGAUGUAUUCUUUUCUGAGAUCCCUAUUCAAGCCAGGCACAAUUCAUUUAUCGGACUUAGUAACAAGUAUAGAUCGUGGGGAUGGUGCACAUUCUCCGGAGUAUCAAAGUCGAAAUUCUGGUGUCUUAGUGGAUAAUCUUCCCCAGUUACCUGUUGAAACGUCCACUCCAACGGGACAAUUGUCCUCCUCUUCCUUUCACUCU